AUGCAAUAAAAAAAAUAUAGAAUAAGAAUUUUGAAUAGCUAAUUGGAGAAAUUGUUAGAAUGUGAGAUGAAUGAAAAUGUUACUGGUGAAGAUAUUUUAGAAUUAUAUGAAGCAUUUGUAAAGAAUUAGUAAAAAUUUAUGUAAUUAUAGAAAUCAAGCAUCUGUAAAUCUAAAAGGACUUGAAAUUUAUAGUUAAUUCAAAAAAAAGGUAAUGAAUAUAAAAGAAACCCUUCAUGAAAUUUUAAAAAGCUAAGAAAAUGAUGAAUUAAUAAUAAGAAAUCAAUCUUUAUCAAAAUUAUCAUCAUAUAUUUAAUAAAAACCACCUGUUUACAAUUAAAAUAAUGAUGAAUUUUCAAAAAAUUAUCAAUCUUUAUCAACAUAAUCAUAAAUUUAAGCAAAAUAACCUGUUUAUAAUUAAAAUAAUGAUGAAUUUUAAAAAAAACAUCAAUAUUUAUCAACAUAAUCAUAAAUUUAAUCAUAACCACCUGUUUAUAAUUAAAAUAAUGAUGAAUUUUCAAAAAUAAAUCAAUCUAAAAAUUAUGUAGAAAUAUAAUCAAAAUCAUCUUUUCAUAAUUAAAAUAAUGAUGAAUUUUCAAAAAUAUAUCAAUCUAAAAAUUAAGCAGAAAUAUAAUCAAAAUCAUCGUUUCAUAAUUAAAAUAAUGAUGAAUUUUCAAAAAUAAAUCAAUCUAAAAAUUAUGUAGAAAUAUAAUCAAAAGCAUCUUUUCAUAAUUAAAAUAAUGAUGAAUUUUCAAAAAUAUAUCAAUCUAAAAAUUAAUCAUAAAUUUAAUCAUAACUACCUGUUUAUAAUUAAAAUAAUGAUGAAUUUUCAAAAAUAAAUCAACCUAAAAAUUAAUCAGAAAUUUAAUCAAAAUAGCUAAUUCAAAACAAAAAUAAUGAAAUAUUUAUAUUCCAAAAUUAAUAUUUAUCAUCAUAAUCUGAACUUUAACACAUUCAAAUCUUAAUUAAAUUAUGUUUUAAUUAGAUUAGUUGUAACAAAUAGUAAUCUUUUUAAUUUAGCCGACAUGAUUAGUUAUCAAAAGUGGGUGAUAAAGUUUUAUAAUGGAUUAAUAAAAAAAAGUAUUCAAAAAUACAAUUAUUAGAGAAGAAUGUGGAUUAAAAUUUACAAUCAAAGGAAAAGAUUAUUGGCCUUUCUUUGUGAAUUUGAGUUUAAUAGAUUUAAAUCUUAUAAAUCAAGAUGAAAUCUUAGUAGAAAUCCUUUUUAAAUUAGUUGUAGUUUUACAAGAUGGUAAAGAUAAAAGUUACGAUAUUUAUAUAAAUUAGUAUAAGAGAUUAUCAGAUUUAUUUUAAGAAGUCUUGAUAAAGUUUAGCUUAAAAGAGUAUUUAAAUAAAUUAAUAUAUUAGGGAGGGCCUUAGUAUGGAAUUUUAGAUCAAAAAUGACAUUUAUAACCAAAGUUAAUUUGAUAAAACUCUGUCUGAAUUAAAUAUAGAGGGAAAGGAGAAAAUAAUUGCAAGAGUUCGUUAUUCAGGUGGUUCAUCCAACAAAAGAAAAAGCAUCUAUAACUUUAGAAAAUAAAUUUUAUGA